CCCCACCCCAUCGUCAUUGCAACCGCCUCCAGUUUGCCUUUCUUUAUUAAAGAGCACGGAACAAGCGUUACUGGUAUAACAUUUAAGAACCUUACGGUAACGCACCUCAUCCACCGUACCCAACUCAACCAAAACCACUUCCCCAUUCACAACUACCGAGAAUCAAAAGACGAGAACACGCACAAAAAAAACCCCUUUCUUUUCGCUUUUUCACAGCUUCGCACUACAGUAUACACGGUACGGCACGAUACGAUACGAUAGAUAACAUGCCUCUCGUCGUCCCCGGUAUCAACUCGAAGGAUACGUCCGCUCUGGACGCCAAUACCGUGAACCCGGUUAUCCCCUCGGAGGAGACGAUCAAGGCUGGUGUUUUUGAUACGAAGAGGAAGGAUGAGGAGGGGGAGCGUAAGCCUGAGGCUGAGCAUUUCCAGGCUACGCCUGGUCCCGUCAUACCGCAGGAUACCUCUGCUCUUGGAGAGAAGGCCGGCCGCGAGGAGCUACACGCUAGAGCUCAGGAGUUGAAUAAAUAGAUGAUGAAUACAGGCAGGAGAAAAGUGGUGGGGGCUGUUACGGAGUGAGGGUCAUCGUGAUGGGGGUUCGGGGCUUUUAACGGUGUCAUUGCUCCAUUUUCUUUUCCAUUUUCUUCCCUUUUCGAUGUUUGGGAGAUGUUACUGGAUUCCAGUCGUGUUGCGGCUAUUAUUAUCUUGUUUCCUCUAUCCAAAUUUUCUUCAGAUAAAACAAUAGGAUGUUUUGAACUUCUA